GCGGCCGCGGCCUGCUCUCCGGGCACGCGCGAGGCUGCGCAUGCCCCGGAGCGGGGCGCGGCUGCCUCCGGCUCCGGUCCGGUCCGGUCCGGUCCGGUCCGGCCCAGACCCGAGUCUGGCGGACCCAAGUAGACGAGCGAGCGACUGACUGUGAGCUGAGAUAUUAAUAAGGCAGCGGAAAGAAGAAAUAUGAAUACGGCUCCAUCAAGACCCAGCCCCACACGAAGGGAUCCCUAUAGCUUUGGAGAUAGUCGCGAUACAAGGCGUGAUCGCUCUCCAAUUCGAGGAAGUCCAAGGAGAGAACCCAGGGAUGGCAGAAAUGGCCGGGAUGCCCGUGAUAGCAGAGACAUUCGAGAUCCUCGGGAGUUGCGGGACCGCAGAGACAGCAGGGACAUUCGGGAUCACAGAGACAGCAGAAGUAUACGUGAAGCCCGGGACCUGAGGGAUUUUCGGGACUUUCGUGAUCUAAGAGACUCUAGAGAUUUUCGAGACCAUCGAGACCCUGUGUAUGACAGAUACAGAGAUAUACGAGAUUCCAGAGACCCUCUGUACAGGAGAGAAGGCUCAUACGACCGGUAUCUGAGGGUGGAUGACUAUUGCCGGAGGAAGGAUGACUCGUACUUUGACCGGUACAGAGACAGCUUUGAUGGACGGGGCCCUCCUGGCCCAGAGAGUCAAUCUCGAGCAAAAGAGCGUUUGAAACGUGAGGAACGACGUAGAGAGGAGCUUUAUCGUCGGUAUUUUGAGGAGAUCCAGCGACGCUUUGAUGCUGAGAGGCCUGUGGAUUGCUCAGUUAUUGUGGUCAACAAACAGACUAAAGAUUAUGCUGAGUCUGUGGGGAGGAAGGUGCGAGACCUAGGCAUGGUCGUGGACCUGAUCUUCCUCAACACAGAGGUGUCCCUCUCACAAGCUCUGGAGGAUGUCAGCAGGGGAGGCUCUCCCUUCGCCAUUGUCAUCACCCAGCAGCACCAGAUUCACCGUUCCUGCACAGUCAACAUCAUGUUCGGAACACCACAAGAGCAUCGCAACAUGCCCCAGGCAGAUGCCAUGGUGCUGGUGGCCAGAAAUUAUGAGCGCUACAAGAAUGACUGUCGAGAAAAGGAACGUGAGGAGAUUGCCCGACAGGCAGCCAAAAUGGCUAAUGACGCCAUCCUCCAGGAAAGAGAUCGUGGGGGCCCUGAAGAGGGAGGUCGUGGAGGGCACCCUCCAGCUAUCCAGAGCCUCAUCAACCUCCUGGCAGACAACAGAUACCUCACUGCCGAGGAGACGGACAAGAUCAUCAACUACCUGCGAGAGCGGAAGGAGCGGCUCCUGAGGAGCAGCGCCGACUCUCUGCCUGGCCCGAUUUCCCGCCAGCCACUCGGGGCGGCCUCGGGUUCCUCGCUGAAGUCACAACCAAGUUCACAACCGCUUCAGAGCGGCCAAGUGCUCCCUUCUGCUACACCCACUCCAGCCGCACCCCCCACCUCCCAGCAAGAGCUUCAGGCCAAAAUCCUCAGCCUCUUCAAUAGUGGCGCAGUUGCGGCCAACAGCAGCUCUGCAUCCCCCUCAGUGGCUACCGGAAGCUCUCAGAACCAGAAUUUUUCCACAGCAGCAAACAGCCAGCCUCAGCAAAGACCGCAGGCCUCAGGAAAUCAGCCUCCAAACAUUGUGGGACAGGCAGGGUCUGCUCGGAACAUGGGCCCUAGGCCUGGGGCUCCUUCCCAAGGGCUCUUUGGUCAGCCUUCCAGUCACCUGGCACCCGCCAGCACCAUGGCUAGCCAGAGGCCUGUAUCUUCCACAGGUAUUAACUUUGACAAUCCAAGUGUACAAAAGGCUCUGGACACCCUGAUUCAGAGUGGCCCUGCCCUUUCCCACCUGGUUAGCCAAACUGCAGCACAGGUGGGGCGGCCCCAGGCCCCCAUGGGAUCUUACCAGAGGCAUUACUGAGGUUCUACUGGUCUACUGUUCCUAGCCCCCCCUUCUCCCUGGCCCCUCCCACUUCAUCCUAAGUAGAGUUGUUUGGAAGUGUUCGGAACACUUUCCAGGUCAACAGCAAAUAUCCUAAGUUUCUCUCACCACUCCUUCCUGCGGCUGUUGCUUAUCACUUAACAGAAUCAGAACUUAGACUGCAUUCGGGGCUGGAUCUUUUGUUUGGGUAGAAGAUAAGUGUUCUGGGAUCUGGGCUCAGCUUCUGUCUGGGAUCGCUCUGGCACCUGCCUGGCAGAUUUGGAGGAACAGGAAGAAGCCAAGCGCAGCUGCCCUAUGGGAACACCAUUUUUGGAGGCAGUGGUCACAGCCUUAGUUUUCACCUCCACAGCAGCCAGAGCUGCGUCCUGCCUGGCUCCCAGUGAAGCCAGGUGGUCUUGGCAGACAGUGUCAUCAUUGUUCCAUCAGAGAAUAGAACUCCAAGGACUCAAGAGUGAUUUCUCUGGACUGUCAAAGUGCCAUGUGGCCAGAGAAGAGAGGACUCUUGUGACUGCAUCAGAGUGGUCCCUUGAAGUUGGUUUGGUUUCGUAUUUUUUUAUUUUCCUGGAGGGUCUCCAGACAAGUGAGCAGCUCUCUUGGCACUUUGACAUGAACUGUGACCCUGGGGCCCACUGCUCUCCACAGCGUUAGCCGCACCUUUCUCUCCGGCUGCACCUCAUGCAGUCAGCACUGGGGGCAGCUCCAAGCUCUGGAGCUGGACCUGGGUGGUUCGUGAUUUCUUUUGAGCCCCAGGCUUUUGUUUUCAUUCAGACUCUUGUUCUGUUUUCUGAUGAGCAGGAGACAGGGACCACUUGAUGAUAGACUGUGGUCGUUGGGUAUGUUCUCAUACAGAGACAGGGUGAUGUCAGAGAAGGGCUCUGGCUGCUGCCCUGAAUGGAGCCAGAGGAAGAAGCACCUUUUGCUUUGGGAAAGGCUGCUCAUUAGAUGUAGUGAGGAUCAGGUCAGGGGAGAGUCAGGCCUGGCUGGGCGGCAAGAGUGCUAACUCCAGUCCAGUCCCUGCCAGAGGCUGAGCAAACCAGUUUCAAAAGCUAAGUCCCCAAAUGGCAGCAGUUUAUGUUCUGAUCUGUUUGUGUUAUACGGUGGGUCCUCCUCCCCCUUUGGAACUCUUGUGUUGUUGAUAUAAUGAAAUAAUUACUUUUUAAUUAAAAUGAAAAAGUCAGA